GUGUCAGCUGCGCCCUUCAGUUUACUUUCGUUUUCCCUCAAAGUGAAAGUAAAGUUCAGCCCGUGAGUCUCCGGCUGCGUGUUCAUCGAUGAGCGCUGUGAUUAUUGAUCAUUAGCUCCAAUCUGAUCACAUCUGGCGCAGUGUUUGCUGGACGAGAUGGCCGCGUCCCGAAACCGCAGCGACAGCACGCAGAUGAAAAAUGUGCUUCAGCCUGACCUCUGCCCCGGAGAAAAUCAUCCGCAAGGACAAAACAGCAAAGAGAGCUUCAAGGCGGUCGGGCAGCGUGACAACGGCAACGUCAGCACUCAGGAGGGAGAUCUGAUUCAGUUUGGUGACAAGCCUGAAAAGUGUCAGGAGGAUAAACGUGAGCAUGAUAGAGAGCAGAACUGCAAAGAAAGUGCACAUCAGGCUGCAUGCUCCUCCUCCCUCUUCUCCUCCUCCUCCUCCUCUUCCUCCUCGGCACCCCCCAGUUCCGGGGCUGCAGGUCGGAGGCAGUCAGAGGGCGCCGAGCCGGUGAAGGAGGACAGAACUUCCUCAUGUUGUCGGCUGGAAGACCUGAAGCGUCUCCCACAGUUCGCCAACAAGUUGGGACCACUCAGCUUCAGCCCGACACACACCGUCCUCAUAGACGUGCAUUUUUUCAACUGUGAAAAAAAACUUAAGACCCAGGAUGGGAGAGACAUGUGGUACAGUACGUUUGUGAAAAUGCCGACUUCACCAGCGAGUUUCAUGACCAAGACUGGAUUCAUGAAGGGAACCACCAAGGUGAGGAGGUGGGACGGGAUCACCAAGCAGCUCAGCCGUCUGGCCGGCGAGAAAUCAGUGAGCGUCAGUAAACUGAAGGAAACUAUCAUCAGCAUUAACCCCAAGUAUAAAGAUGAAUGGUCCUUUGAUGCCCUGUCUGAAUUUGUAGAGCGAGUCCCGAAAACAGACAAUUACUUCGGCGAGCUGUUUCCAAAGAUCGCUGCGUUGGCUUUAAAGCUGCCUGAUUAUGUGACUAAGGCCAUCCCGCUGCUCCAGAGCGGACAUCCAGCGAGCAUCACUCUGUCCCAGGUUCAGAUAUCCUGCCUGCUCGCUAACGCAUUUUUCUGCACUUUCCCCCACCGCAACGCCACCGCCUCCAACGCAGAGUACCACAACUACCCCAGCAUUAACUUCUCCAGUCUGUUUGGGAAGCGGUCAGAGCGGAAGAAAGAAAAGCUGAGGGCCAUCAUGCAUUACUUUAAAGUGGUUACAGAUGAGAGCACGAAACCAGAAGGACUGGUGACGUUUGAGAGGCGUUGCCUCAGACACGCAGACCUGCCCCACUGGAAAAGCUGCGAGGAGACGAUGACUAAACUGCACGUCACAUCCCAGGGCACCAUCGAGACUGAAGGUACAGGCCUGCUACAGGUGGACUUUGCCUCCAGCUGGAUAGGUGGAGGUAUUCUCGGCGAUGGUCUGGUGCAGGAGGAGAUCCUGUUCCUCAUUAAUCCAGAGCUGAUCGUAUCUCGCCUCUUCACGGAGAAACUCAGCGACAACGAGUGUCUGAUCAUUACAGGCUGUCAGCAGUACAGCCGUUACUCUGGUUUUAGUGACAGCUUUGAGUGGGGGGGGCCUUAUGAAGAGCACCUCAGAAGAGACGAGUGGAAGCGGCUGCAGAGGCAGAUCUUAGCCAUCGAUGCUCUGCACUUCAGAAACUGGAGGGACCAGUUCACUAUGAGCAAGGUGACCCGAGAGCUCAACAAGGCAUACUGUGGAUUCAAGGGUCAUGGGUACAAUGAGCCAGACAUCGCCACGGGAAAGUGGGGCUGUGGAGCUUUCAACGGAGACCCACAACUCAAAGCUGUGAUCCAGCUGAUGGCGGCUGCAAAGGCAAAGAGAGGACUGGCCUACUUCACCUUUAAAGAUGAAGAACUGAAGCAGGGCCUGGAGCAGAUCCACCGCCUGCUGGUCACAAGCGAUACUACAGUCGGGAAACUGUUCCAUAUACUGGAGGACUUCUGUGCUGUUCAGAGCACGUCGGCCUCACGUGAGGAUCUGUUUAAGUUCAUCAGCAGCAUUGUCAGACCUUCCAGGAGUCAGCUGUAAAGGACUCAAAUCUGUCAGGAAUCUUUUAUAACAGAAAUGAAGACGUACCUGCUUAAAUAAAGAUUAUAAUUCUUUGCAUUUCUAGCUUAACUCGACAUUUUUACACUUAAGAGCUACAGCUGGAGUCGAAGCAGAGGAUGUAGAUUUGGUUGUGGAAGUGGACGAAGGCAGUUAAGGGUUAUAAUAAACUGUAAUUUGUGAUCCUGGGAUGAAUAAAUAAAUUCCUUUGAAAAAUGUAGUGUGAGAAUUUCAGUCUCUCUUGACUGAACUGUGAUAAUUAAAGUGAAUCAAGAUCAAAUGUUUGUAAUAAGUGAAGUACAUACUGUAUGAUUUACAAUGACUACAUAUACUGUGUAACUGCUAAUAAAAGAUGACACAGCAGCACCCUUCAA